GAUAAGUUCAACAGACACACAAAUGGAACAUAUUCCUACAAAAGAACUUCCUUUUUCAUAACAUUUAUUAGUUCAGUUUGAUUAUUUGAUUUAUUUAAAUCUGAAGUUGAAUAAUAUUGGGUCAUACUUAUGAACAAAGAUUAGAACUUUGUAGCUAACACUUCUGGUUUAGUACUUUUAAUUUUGAUUAAGGUUUUUGGUAUCAACUUCCUAAUUAACUACCUGCUAUUUCUUCUAGCGUGUGCCUAUAUUGUGUCUUCAGUUUCUUCUCCUCUUUGAAUUGGGGUUGGUUUAAUAUCUUAUUUUCUCUCUUUUGUUUACAACGAGUAAACAAAAGUUCAAAUGUUGGAACAUAAUUUGUCAUAAAGUUAUGCUUGUUUAUUAUAAUUUCACAUGUUAUUAAUACUCCUUGUAAUAGAAGACUUUUGUAUUACUGCUAUUUUACUUAAACUAUGAGCUUGAAGGAUGCUUUGAUCUGAUACUCCAACUAUCAAUACAUAUUCAUAGACAUAUAGAGUCACCAGUUAUAAUAUAUGUUGCUCUUUGGUGUUAGAAAUUUCUCUGUGAUAUGACUGUUUUUCUAGGUAUUUAAGUUUGGCAGCAUUAAUGGACCAGGGGAAGUUUCUCUUAGCAACCCGGAGGUACAGAAAUGGUGCUCGCAUUAAAUAUAUAGUAUCUCUUGAUGCAGACGAUUUGUCUCAGAGAAGCAAGGCAUAUGUUGGGAAGUUAAGAAACGCCCAAAGCACGAUCCGCUUGUGCCAUUGGAAAGAAGACUUACAGAAGUACAAUACCACUUUCCAACAGAAAUGCCCACAGCACGAUCUGCUUGUGCCGUUGGAAAGAGGACUCAUGGAACUAGAAUAUUAAAAGGAAAACAGGUCCAGAUUGUUUGUUGAUUUAUACAGAUAUGCUUUUGAGUUUUGAAAUCAGUUAUGAAUUUCAGUUUAAAUAUUCUCUUUCCGCUCUUUGUUUUGGUGAAAAUACAACACAUCGGUGGUGAAGAUGCAUGAUGUAAGUUGCUUUUUUUUUUUGGUUCGGACAAGUUAGUCUCUAGAAUACAAUAUUCAUUUAUGCGCAGAUCGAUUCAGAAUACGUGCGAGGAAUUUUCCGUAAUUCUAUUGAUUUGAAGUCGCGAACCACCGAUGUUUGUCUGUUUUUAUGCGCAGAAUUCAUGGCAUUUCAAAUUAUUGAAGGUCGCUACUGAUAAACAGUCUAAGGUACUGACUGUUGAUUGUAUAUAAAAUUGUGUGACAAAGAAGACAUAAAAGAGGCGUAGUUAAGAAGAUGAAUGGGAAGAAGUG